AUGCAGCUCUCUCGGGCUCUCUUCGUUCUUACUGCUGCUGGCCUUGCCAGCGCCCAGAUCCCAGAUGUCCCUAACUGCUCCCUGAACUGCUUCAUCAGCGGACUCACUGGAGAUGGAUGCUCCCAAUUGACCGACUUUGCCUGUCACUGCCAGAAGCCCUCUCUCGUCGACACAAUCACUCCCUGCGUGCAAAAGGCAUGCGAUGUUGAGGAUCAGUCGUCCGUCUCGAACAUCGUUGUCUCCGAGUGCUCCGCAGCCGGCCACCCUAUCUCAGUUCCCCCAAUUGGUGCCGCGACCACCUCCGCUGAGAGCUCUGCCACCACUACUGAAUCCUCCAGCGGCGCCGGCUCAGCGACUCACACCUCCGUAACUGUCACUCCCACUCCCACUGGAACUCAGACUUCAAGCCACAUUGGUUCUUCAUCUCCUGUCACAUCUCCGCCCUCUUCGUCUGGAUCUGCCACGCCUACGGGCUCAUCCUCGGCGAAUCACUCUGGGUCUGUAUCUGGGUCUGCGUCUGCAUCCAGCUCAGAGUCAGCAUCCACCAGCCCCCCUAUCUUUACGGGUGCUGCUUCUAACGUCAAGGGAAGCCUGGCCGGUAUUGCUGCUGCUGCUGCUGCCGCCGCCGCCGCGGCUAUGCUGUAA